UAUACUAAAAAUGAUAAAAACAACAUUGAUCCUGUAAAUCUUUCGGUGCCAAUAAAUUUGAUAAACUCUACAAAUGCAGAGUCUGAAGAAUUAUCCUUAGUGGCUGAUGUACCCACUGAUGCAUACAUAACGGCAACAGAGUUUGACAGAUUUUUACAAAGUCUGAAUUUUAUUAAGGAAACCAGAUGUCGAAAAGAUCUCAACACAACUUUAUGGAAUAUUGUUUCUGGAAAGCUUUGGGCUAUUGCAAUGUACGACGCAACGGUCAAAACACCUGUUGGCAUUGAGAGUGGAAUAUUACAUCAAUUUGGCCAUUUCGAUCAAUGUUUGGAGCAAACAAAAUACGUGGAAGAAGACUUACCGAAACCUGUAGAAAUUCCGGUGCGUGCUAAGUACUGUUUGGCGAAUGUGACAUUAACUGGGGUGCCGGUCUUAAAUAUAGCCUCGCGUUAUCCGUCGCCAUUGAACCGAUCUGCGCUGGUACACUGGGGCGUAUGCGUACCUGCAAGUUGUGACAGCGGCGAUGUGGCAACCUUUCUGCAGUUUUUGCUGCAACGCCAACAAAUCAAGGUCGACGACAAUAUGUGUCAACUGCAAAGCAAUGACUUGGUCGUCACUAACGGAAUGUUUAUAUAUGCUGGCGUUAUAUUAUUUAUUUUACUUCUGGCUUUUUUGAGUACAAUUUAUCAUAUCAAUCUUAUAUGGAAUACGAAGCAAAAUAAUGGCAUCACAAAAACGGGCAUCAAUAAUGACACACUAACUACGGCUUUGCUAUCCUUUUCCAUAAUUGAGAAUCUACGCAAAAUCUUUCAAUGCAGUAAGGAUCAACUGGGACUGAAUUCCAUUAAUGGCGUUAAAGCGUUGGCUAUGAUCUUAAUACUUAUAGGGCAUGCAGGUGUUUUUAUUAUUGGUGCACCGAUAUCUAAUCUCGACUUUGUAAAGAAGGAACAAACUUCUUUAAAAUUUCCGUUUUUAUUUAAUUCUCUCUUAUUUGUCGACUUAUUUUUAUUACUCAGCGGUUUCUUAUUUUGCCGCAUUUUACUAAUAGAGCUGGAACGUAGGCGUGGUAAAUUGAAUGUGUUAGUAUUGUAUAUUGCAAGAUUCAUACGCCUAACACCAGCUUAUAUAGUCGUAAUUGGAUUUUAUAUGACUUGGUUACCAAAUAUUGGUGAUGGUCCGAUAUGGAAGCAACGUAUACAAAUCGAACAGGAACGUUGUCAGGAAUCUUGGUGGCUUAAUAUUUUAUAUAUAAACAAUUACUUCAAUACGAAUAGUUUGUGCAUGUUUCAAUCCUGGUACCUAGCUGUUGAUACACAACUAUUCUUCCUGGCGCCCAUUGCAAUAUAUAUGCUCUAUAAACUACGUAAAUAUGGUGUACGUUUUCUAGCUGUUAUGAUUGCAAUCACAUCUGCCAUACCAUUUUUCGAAACAUUUCAACAUAAAACGGAUCCAACAUUUAUGGUUUAUCCAGAGGAAAUUGCUGAUAUAUCACUCAAUAAAUAUUACAACAAGUUUUAUAUUAAGACGCAUAUGCGGGCUUCUGCUUAUGUUUUGGGGUUAUUAACUGGAUAUUUAGUACAUCGCAUGCAGGAGUCAAGCUAUAAAUUGCCAAAAUUAUUUGUGAAAGUCACUUGGAUAGCUUCAACGAUAAUUGGUGUAGCAUCUAUGUAUAGCAUAACUCGUUUCUAUAUAGCUCCUUACAAUUUACUGGAGACUGUUUUAUAUGCUGGUUUACACAAAAUUGGUUGGAAUUUAUCAAUAGCAUGGUUAGUAUUGGCAACUACAACUGGACAUGCUGGCUGGUUACAAAGUUUGUUGAGUCAACGUUUCUUUGCUCCAAUAAGUCGACUCGCCUACUGCGCUUACUUAUGCAAUGGCAUUGUAGAACUUUACUUUACAGCACUCACACGUACUUCGGAGUAUAAAUCUGUUUUAAUAAUGCAAAAUCACAUACUUGGUCACGUCUUCACUACAUUUUGCCUAGCUUUAGUGCUGUGCGUACUCUUUGAAUCACCCAUCCAUGCACUUGAACGAAUUUUAUUGCGAACGAGUAGAGUUAAAAAGGCUGGCAGCGAAACUACGGAGCAAACUGACAGCAGUAAUACCGGUACUCCAAAUAGUUUGGAAGAGUAGUGGUGAAGUAGGAAUAAGUAGAGAACGGCUUAUUUUAAAGUCCAUAUAAAUGCUAAUUAGGAAUACUCUU